AACUUAAAGCUAAAGAAUUGGUAUAUUCGGGUAACCAUUGAUAAAAUAUAUCGUAUUAUAGAUGUCAACACAAGGAAUGGAUAUUUCAACAGAAAAGAGUUACGCAAUACGUUACAGCCUUUUUAUGUUGAUGAAGAAGAAAUAGACGCGUUUCCGUUAGUCGCGAGUGAGUUUGAUAUAAACCUUGGACAUUUACCAGUUAAUGUAUUAGAAUAACAGUAAAGGAACCAUUAAAAAAACAGUCGUUUAUGUUUUCUUUUUAAGUAAAAGAAACAGAUAGCAGUUGAAAUCUUAUCAAAGGUUUGAAAGUAUUUAAAUUUAAAAUAAACGUAUAAAAUUUUUUCUUAAUUUUUUUAAUGAAAAAAGAGUAAAAGGCUUAUUUUUUGAAACCUAUAAGUUUGGAUGUAAUAGGAAAACGAAAUAUAAUUUCUUGAUGAUUUCCAUUAAAAAUGAAUAUCUCGGUCUUUUCUCAAUGAACAGAUUUAAGGAAUUAGGUCCAGCAGAAACCUUUAUAUUGUUUCUUUAUAGUUGUGAGGCUAAAGGUUUUUCAUAUUAAAUGCGUAGAAUGCUAUCAUGGGUUUAGGUUAUAAGGAGUGUGUUGAUGAUAUUUUUCAAAAAUAUGGCGUAUCUCCAGGUAUUUUAAUAGUUGAAAAGCUUAUGAAACACUUGGAAAAUGUCCAUAACAAUAUGAAUGUAAUUCACGUUGCGGGAACGAAUGGAAAAGGUUCUGUUUCGUCUAAUAUUGCUCGGAAUUUGUUAAUAGUGCAUGAGAAAUGUUUUUGCAAACACGUUAAUAUUGGAACUUUUACGUCACCGCAUAUUUUAAGUGUACGUGAACGCCUCUCCAUCAAUAAUGAAAUGAUAUCCAGGGACGAUUUUGUUCAACUGUAUCGGCAGUUGGUCAAUAAAUCCCAAGAAAAUGAUGAAUUCGCUCAAGUGUUUGCAUUGGCAUCCUUUUUUGAUAUCUUAACAGUCAUGGCAUUUCUUUAUUUUUACUACGGACCAUCCAAUAAACAAAUUACACACUAUCCGUAUUGUUCAGUCAUUGUUUUGGAGGUGGGUAUAGGAGGUCGUUUGGACGCAACCAAUGUUAUAUCGACAGUUCUUUGUUCUAUUAUUACUUGUAUUGGUAUCGAUCAUACGAAUUUAUUAGGGAAAACCUUAGAGCAUAUAGCAGCAGAAAAAGCAGGCAUUUUUAAGCCUUAUUGCCCUGUUGUUUUGGGUAUUCAAGCGCAAACUUUUCAUGCGAUUGAGAAAGCAACUGUAAGAUGUCAUAGUUCACCUAUUGUACGCUUAGCAAGGUGUGAAACGGAACCUGAGUCAUUUUAUCAGGAAAAUCAACGACUUGUGAUAGAAGCAAUUAAGGUAGUAAUACCCGCUCUGUUUCCCACUAAAUCCUUUACCUUAGCUGCGCUUGUUCAAUUAACUCGUUCCCUACACCAUGUACCACCAUUAUAUCGCUACUGGGUUGUUCCAUCUUCCAUGGUACAAAAAGCUUUACGUCUUUGCUUUUUCAAAAUACAGGAAUUGUUUUAUAUGAAUGUUUUAAAAGAAGAUAUAGAUUUUCGUUAUCUACCAGUCGUGUGUUUGGAUAUAGGUCAUAAUGAAAGUGCUAUAAAUCGCGUAGCUCAACAAUUUAAAAUCGAUGGCUUGCAAAAAAACAUUCGCGUUGCCUGUUGCUUAAGUAAAACAAGAAAUCUGAAUAUUUUUCAGCCCAUUCUGUCACACUUUCCACAUGCAUUUUGUGAAUCAAAGGGUGUCACAAAAAUUCACGAAAGUCAUCUUAAUGGAAUUCAUUACCUUAAUAUAGAACACCCAAGAACAUUAACAUUUAAAGAAAUCAGUACAAAAUUAAAUGAAAAUUAUUGGAACGCGGAUAACUUUGAAUCAUCGAAAUGCGUUUAUGAAUCAAUAAAAAUAAGUCAAAGACAGUUUGAAGACAGGUUAAAAAAGCAGUUCUUAUGGAAAAGAAAACAAAACAUAGCGUUAACGUUUGAGGAAACGGUAGCUUUUUUAUUUUUUGAAUGUUUUAUUGAACGAUCCAAUCUUCUUUUUAUUGGUUCAUCCUUUCUUAUGAAGCCGAUUCUGCAGUUUCUACAAUGGAUUUAAGUCAAAAAAAUACAAUAAAAAUACACUAAUAUAGUUCUGUUUACUUUGCAGAUUCAAUAAAAGUUUAAUCACGAAAACAUUGAAUUUUUUUUUAACCAUUUAUAAACACCAUAAUGUAAUCUGUUGUCUAUGACGUUUUUUA